AUGACCAAAGCCUCCAGCUUUAAGAAGACAAGCAUGGCGUCAACUUCCCAGCGAAAGAGGGUGAGUUCCAAGCCUGAACUCACGGAAGAGCAGAAGCAGGAAAUCCGAGAAGCUUUUGAUCUCUUUGAUGCUGAUGGAAAUGGCACCAUUGACGUCAAAGAACUUAAGGUGGCAAUGAGGGCCCUGGGCUUUGAGCCCAAGAAAGAAGAAAUCAAGAAAAUGAUCAGUGAGAUUGAUAAGGAAGGAACAGGAAAAAUGAGCUUCAGUGAUUUCUUGACUGUGAUGACUCAGAAAAUGUCUGAAAAAGAUACCAAGGAAGAAAUCCUGAAAGCUUUCAAACUCUUUGAUGAUGAUGAGACUGGAAGGAUAUCUUUCAAAAAUCUGAAACGCGUGGCGAAGGAGUUGGGCGAGAAUCUCACUGAUGAAGAACUUCAGGAAAUGAUUGAUGAGGCAGAUCGAGAUGGAGACGGAGAAGUCAGUGAGCAAGAGUUCCUGCGGAUCAUGAAGAAGACGAGCCUUUACUAA